UUUUAGAGGACAAUUGCUAAUGGUCCACAGAUCAGUGCCAGUAAUAUCCAUGUAGUUAAUAAUGAGUUUAGUUAUUUUAAGUUGCAACUUUAUAAACACUGCUUGGAAUUCUCAGGCUGCUUAAAGCACCUCAGUCAGUCAGCCAAAAUAAUGUGUUUAAACUGAACUUUAGGGCAUUAGACUUCCUGUUUAAUCUGAAGUACAUAAGAAAACAUGCACACAGUUCCACGCAUGUUCAAAGAUGGUGUUUUGGUCCUGCCCCUAAUCCUUCUUAUUGGUGGUUUUCAACAUUAAAUAAUAUGACAGGUGACUAUAAUAGAUGAUGUAAACACAGACAUUCACUCAGAAAAGUAGUUAACCAUGAGGUCUUCUCUCAACUCCUACUACUGCAUUCUAAACCUGUUGUUGUACUGCUCUUCCUCUUCCUCUCUGUAUUCAUCCUCAUGUCACCUGCAGGGACAGUUUCAUCUAAAUGAGCUGCACAAAACUGGAGACGUUGUCCUUGGUGGACUGUUUCAAGUUCAUUUCUUUUCUGAUUACUCUGAUUUGUCUUUCACUUCAGAGCCACCACAGCCUAUCUGCCACGGUUUUGAUAUUACAGGAUUCAGACAGGCUCAGACCAUGGCCUUUGCUAUUGAUGAGAUUAACAGAAAUCCCAACCUGCUCUCUAAUGUGACUCUGGGAUACAGUCUAUAUGAUAACUGCCUCCAACUUGGUAUUGGAUUCCGUGGCGCUUUGUCUUUAGCUAGUGGUCAGAAGAAGGAAGUGACAAUAGAGGAGACCUGUGAAGGAACUCCUCCAGUCGUAGCGAUUGUAGGUGAUUCUUCCUCCACACGUUCUAUUGCCAUCUCAACAGUUUUAGGUUUAUACAGAGUCCCUCUGGUCAGUUAUUUUGCCACAUGUUCCUGCCUAAGUGACCGACAAAAGUUUCCGUCCUUCUUUAGGACAAUACCUAGUGACUCUUUCCAGGUCAGUGCUAUGAUUCAGAUUCUAAAACACUUUGGCUGGACUUGGACAGGUCUGCUCAUCAGUGAUGAUGACUAUGGAGUCCAUUCAGCCCGGUCUUUUAAAUCUCUCAUGGGUCCAGCUUCUGGAGGGUGUCUGGCUUAUACUGAAGUGUUGCCUUGGGGAAAGGACCAGGCUGAACUGAGGAGAAUAGUGGAUGUGAUGAGGGAAUCUACAGCUCGUGUGGUCAUUGUGUUUGCACAUGAGAGUCACAUGCUUAACCUCAUGGAGGAGGUGGUAAGGCAAAAUCUUUCAGGCCUUCAGUGGAUAGCGAGUGAGGCCUGGACAUCAGCUGCUGUGCUACAGACACCACACUUUAUGCCAUACCUGGGUGGAACACUGGGCAUUGCCAUACGUCGAGGAGAAAUAACAGGACUAAGAGACUUCCUCUUAAAAACACAACCUGACCUUCACUACAACAGCAGCCAUGGAAAUAGUAUGGUGAAUCAGUUUUGGGAACAAAUGUUUCAGUGCAGAUUUUCACCACCUGUGGCCGGUUGGCUAGAGGCUGGAGGAGCAUUAUGCACUGGACAGGAAGUUCUAGAGAAUAUGAUAGAAGAGGAGUUCAUGGACAUUUCAGACCUCAGACCAGAGUAUAAUGUGUACAAGGCUGUGUACGCUAUUGCCUAUGCUCUUGAUGACAUGCUGCAGUGUGAGCCAGGGAGAGGACCUUUCAGUGGAGACACCUGUGCUCAUUUACAAAGACUGGAACCAUGGCAGCUUGUGUAUUACCUGGAAAAGGUCAAAUUCACCACAUCAUUUGGUGAUCACGUGUCAUUUGAUGAGAACGGUGACGCCUUACCAAUAUAUGACAUCAUGAACUGGGCGUGGCUCCCUGAUGGAAGCACUCAUGUUCAGAAUGUGGGUGAGGUGAAGAGGUCAGCCUUCAAAGGUGAAGAACUAACACUCGACGAAAAAAAACUCUUCUGGAAUUUCCAAUCCAAAAAGCCUCCUCAGUCCGUGUGCAGUGAGAGUUGUCCUCCAGGAACCCGCAUGGCCCGAAAAAAGGGACAACCUGAGUGCUGUUUUGACUGUAUUCCUUGUUCAGAAAGGAAGAUCAGUAACACAACUAAUUCCAGGGAAUGCAUUAGUUGUCCAGAAGAUUUCUGGUCCAGCCCACAGCGUGACCACUGUGUUCCUAAGAAAACAGAGUUCCUUUCCUACCACGAGCCUCUGGGUAUCUGCUUGGCAACCGCCACAGUUGUGGGAACAUUUCUCUGUUUUGUUGUGCUUGCAAUCUUCAUUCACCAUCUCAACACUCCUAUAGUUCGUGCCAACAACACAGAACUAAGUUUCCUCCUCCUUGUGUCCCUUAAACUGUGCUUUCUCUGCUCGUUGCUCUUCAUUGGACAACCCAGGACAUGGACAUGCCAACUUAGACAUGCAGCAUUUGGCAUCAGCUUUGUGCUUUGUAUCUCAUGUAUCCUGGUAAAGACUAUGGUGGUUCUGGCUGUAUUCAGAGCCUCUAAACCUGGAGGUGAAGCCAGUAUGAAGUGGUUUGGUGCUGCUCAGCAGAGAGGAACAGUUCUUGUUCUGACCUCAGUACAAGCAGCAAUCUGCACUGUUUGGCUUGUCUCUGCUUCACCAGCUCCUCAUAAGAAUGUUCACUACCAUAACGACAAAAUAGUUUAUGAGUGUGUCAUUGGUUCUACUAUUGGGUUUGGAGUCCUGCUUGGAUAUAUUGGUUUACUGGCCAUUCUAAGCUUCUUGUUAGCAUUUCUGGCAAGAAAUCUUCCAGACAGUUUUAAUGAAGCCAAGUUCAUUACUUUCAGCAUGCUAAUCUUCUGUGCAGUGUGGGUGGCCUUCAUUCCUGCCUAUAUCAACUCUCCAGGCAAAUAUGCAGAUGCCGUGGAGGUGUUUGCCAUCCUGGCCUCUAGUUUUGGCCUAUUAGUAGCACUGUUUGGACCCAAAUGUUAUAUUAUCUUGUUGAGGCCAGAGAGAAACACAAAGAAAGCCAUAAUGGGUCGAAACAGUAGAUCAUGAAAAUGUAAUAAGUAGGAAUAAUUGUUUAAUUUAAGAAUUACACAAACCAAUAUGUAUAAA